AUGGCUACCAACUCCGGCUCCUCGAACCCAAUUGGCGAGGCCGUUCCCGCUACCAACAAUGUCCAGGAGGCUACGCCUGUUUCUCAGGAGACUAAGGAUGCUAUCGCUCAGUCCGCCGAGGCUCACGCUUCCACUGACGGUGUAGUGCUCGGGGCGGACGGAAAGCCCAAGUCCGCAAAGCAGCUCGAGAAGGAGCGUCAAAAGGCCGAGAAAGCCGCUCGAUUCGCCGCGAAGAAGGCUGCGCAGGACGCGGAUAAGGCCAAGCAGGCUGCUCAGCCCAAGAAGGAGAAGAAGGCGAAGAAGGAGGAGGUCAACGUUGAGCCAUACGUCGAGUUGACCAAGCCUGGAGACAAGAAGGUCUUGCAGGAUUUGGAGUUGCCUGCGUUGAAGAACUAUGAUCCUCAGGUUGUUGAAUCUGCGUGGUACUCGUGGUGGGAGAAGUCUGGUUUCUUCGAGCCUGAGUUCGGACCUGAUGGCAAGCCUAAGCCUGAGGGGACCUUUGUCGUUCCCGCUCCUCCACCAAACGUGACUGGUGCUCUUCACAUCGGACACGCCCUUACUAUCGCUAUUCAGGAUACCCUUGUUCGAUGGAAUCGUAUGUUGGGUAAGACCGUUCUUUUCUUGCCUGGAUUUGACCAUGCCGGUCUUUCUUGCCAGUCUGCCGUUGAGAAGCGUUUGUGGGUUCAGGAGAAGAAGACUCGUCACGACUACGGCCGUAAGGACUUCAUUGACAUUAUCUGGAAGUGGAAGGAUGACUACCAUAGCCGCAUUACUGGCCAGUUGAAGCGUCUUGGUGCUUCCUACGACUGGACUCGCGAAGCUUUUACCAUGGACGAGAACCUCUCCGCUGCCGUCGUCGAGACUUUCGUCCGCCUUCACGAGGAGGGUAUCAUCUACCGUGCUAAUCGUCUCGUCAACUGGUGUACCCAGUUGAACACCACCCUCUCCAACCUCGAGGUUGACCAGAAGGAGAUUUCUGGACGUACCCUCCUCUCCGUCCCCGGAUACGACCCAGAAGACAAGGUCGAGUUCGGAGCCAUCACCUCCUUUGCCUACGAGAUCGAGGCUUCCGACGAGAAGAUCAUCGUCGCCACUACCCGUCCCGAGACCAUGCUCGGUGAUACCGCUGUCGCUGUCCACCCCGACGAUGAGCGCUACAAGCACCUUCACGGCAAGUUCGUUAAGCACCCCUUCGUCGACCGCAAGAUCCCUAUCGUCUGCGACUCUAUCGUCGUCGACAUGGCUUUCGGUACUGGUGCCGUCAAGAUCACCCCCGCUCACGACCCUAACGAUUACGAGGUCGGUAAGCGCCACAACCUCGAGUUCAUCAACAUCCUUAACGAUGACGGUACCCUUAACAACACAUGUGGUGAGUUCACUGGCAUGAAGCGCUUCCACGCCCGUAAGGCCGUUGUGGAGAAGUUGACCGAGCGUGGUCUCUUCGUCGAGGUCAAGGACAACCCCAUGUCCAUCCCCGUCUGCUCCAAGUCUGGCGACAUCAUCGAGCCUGUCCUCAAACCCCAAUGGUGGGUCUCCCAGCAGGCUAUGGCUGAUGUAGCCGCUGAGGCCGUCAGGUCCGGUCAGAUCAAGAUCCAGCCCGCUGUCUCCGAAGCUGACUUCCAGCGCUGGAUGGAGAACGUCCAGGACUGGUGUAUCUCCCGUCAGCUUUGGUGGGGUCACCAGGCUCCUGUCUACUACGUCCAGAUUGAGGGCGAGGAGCAGGACCGUGGUGAUGGUAAAUGGUGGGUCUCUGGCCGCACUAAGGAGGCUGCUCAGGAGAAGGCUGAGAAGCAGUUCCCUGGUAAGAAGUUUGAGUUGAUUCAGGAUGAGGACGUCCUUGACACCUGGUUCUCCUCCGGUCUCUGGCCUUUCUCUACCUUGGGAUGGCCUAAGGUUACCCCCGACUACGAGAACUUCUACCCUACCUCGCUCUUGGAGACCGGAUGGGACAUUCUCUUCUUCUGGGUUGCCCGUAUGGUCAUGCUUGGUAUCAAGUUGACUGGUCAGGUUCCCUUCAAGGAGGUCUUCUGCCACUCCCUCGUCCGUGACGCUCAGGGACGUAAGAUGUCCAAAACUCUCGGUAACGUCGUCGACCCUAUUGACAUGAUUGAGGGUAUCUCCCUCGAUGAUUUGCACGCCAAGCUUUUAGUCGGUAACCUCGACCCUCGCGAGAUCGAGAAGGCGAAGACUGGUCAGAAGCUGUCUUACCCUAACGGGAUUCCUCAGUGUGGUACCGAUGCUCUCCGUUUCGCUUUCUGUGCUUACACUACUGGUGGACGUGACAUCAACCUUGAUGUCGUCCGUGUUGAGGGUUACCGUAAGUUCUGUAACAAGAUCUACAACGCUACCAAGUUCGCUCUCAUGCGUCUCGGCCCCGACUUCGUCCCUGCUGCUAAGAUCGAGAAGACCGGCAAGGAAUCCCUCGUCGAGAGGUGGAUCUUGCACAAGUACAACAAGGCUGCCAAGGACAUCAACAAGCACCUCGAGGCCCGUAACUUCUUCGAGGCUACCAACUCUGUUUACAACUACUGGUUGUACGAGCUCUGUGACGUCUACAUCGAGAACUCCAAGUACCUCAUCCUCGAGGGUACUGAGGAGCAGAAGAUCUCCGCUCAGCAGACUCUUUACACCUGUUUGGACGGUGCUCUCCGCAUGAUCCACCCCUUCAUGCCCUACGUUACCGAGGAAUUGUGGCAGCGUAUCCCUCGCCGUCCUCAGGACUCUACCCCCACCAUCGUCAAGGCCGCUUACCCCGUGUACAACGAGCAGCUCCACGACCCCGAGGCCGAGACCAACUUCGAGCUCGUGUUCUCCGUUGUUAAGGGCGCCCGCUCUUUGAUGGCUGAGUACAACGUCCUCCAGGGCGCCAAGAUCUUCGUCCAAGCUGACGCCAGCAUCAACGGUGUCAUCGCCGAGCAGUCUCCUUCCAUUGUUGCCCUUAUCAAAGGAUGCGAGUCUUGCGAGGUUUUGGCCUCUGGAUCCGAGCAGCCUGAGGGGUGUGCCGUCUACGCCAUCAACAAGGAUUGCAACGCCUUGCUCUUGGUCAAGGGUCACGCUGACCUCGACGCCGAGAUUGCUAAGGCCGAGAAGAAGAUUGGAAAGAUUCAGCAGCAGCAGGCACAGAUGCAGAAGUUGUUGGCGCAGAAGGAUUACGAGAACAAGGUCCCCGAGAACGUGAGGGCCCAGAACGCGGAGAAGUUGGAGACCAUGAAGGCUGAGACCGAGAACUUGGACCGUAUCGUCGCUCAGUUCAAGAAGUUGUUGCUUUAA